CUAUGAUGAGGUGCAGGAUACAUUGAUUGUAGACGUGACGAUACUGUGGCUCAUCUCUCCUGCUCGUUCCACUGUUCAGACAUAUGCCAACAACUCAUCUCGGGUGCUCGGGCAUCCUCCGUGUCUGCAGCGCGACAGACCUUGGCGUCGGAGCAUUGGGCAUCGCAACUGCGCACUCACCACUCCAGAAGCAUCGUUUCCUCGUAGCAAUAGGGAUGCCCUCCAAGCGACUCUCGACAGCACUUCCGAUGAGAGAUAAAGCCGAUUGCGUCAAACCAAAAAGGCGGUCGCUUGCUCGUGAGCUAGUCGGCUUGGUAUGGAUCGCCCCGCAUGUCCAUCACUCCAGGCACCAAUCACUAUGCACAGCGGUGGUGGAGGCCAUCGAUCCGGCAGGCGUCCUGUAGGGAGCGAACGUAUCCAGUGCUGUUAUUAGCAGCACGGGAUACAUAGACAGACAGCACUACAGAGUCUAAACUAGUGUCGCCGACGUCCUGUGUCACACUGAUCGGUAAAAUCAAUUUGUGCCGAAUCGCGCACACCCCGAGCAAGAAUGGCGCCUUCGCAAAGGUGGAUUCGAAGGUGCUUGUGAGAAGCCACAGCCAGCCUCCCAGAGAUCAAUCAUCAGGAGUGGAGGCACUCUACUGGAGGUCGGCACCGAGGGUCGCGGAAAAGCGAUGAGCUGUUGGAGCGGAUCAUGAGGGUCGGAGUGCGUGCAGGGCGUGAAGCGACGUCUCGCGGGACCUGAUUCUCCUGAACAGGAUAAUCCAGCACGCCCACCGACCGUCCGAGAUUGGUGGUGA